AUCCCCAUUAGCAAAUCAUCACAACAUAUAUGCUCAUCGGUUACAAGAACACUACUUAAGCUGCUACCCUCUCAUCGACAAUAGAUUUCCAAAGCAUAAAUGGAGGGAAUAAGCGAUAUGGUGUCCAACAAUCCGGUGGUGAUCUUUAGCAAGACCUCAUGCUGCAUAAGUCACACUAUUAGGUCACUCUUUAGUGACUUUGGGGUCAAUCCGACGGUGUAUGAGCUCGAUGGGGUUGCUAGAGGCCGGGAAAUCGAGCAGGCGCUCUCCCGGCUCGGCUGCAACCCCACUGUCCCGGCGGUGUUCAUUGGUGGUGAGUUUGUCGGAGGGGCGAACGAGGUCAUGAGCCUUCACCUCAGUGGCUCUUUAAAGCCCAUGCUCAGAAACGCCGGUGCCUUGUGGCUCUAACAUAGUUGUAGCAAUCGCACGGUGUGUGAUACGAGUGAGUGAAAAUACAGUUCUGGUGCAUGGAUUUCCAAACAGUGCUAUGUAGUUAAAUAAUGAGUGCUUGAGCCUUACUUGGAGAAGCUGAGAAGUAUAUGUUUUCGGUUAAUUAUAAAAACUUUGGGACUAUGAUCAUGUCAGAUAUUGCUCCU